CGAAAGAAUGGGUUGGUUUUCGUUUUCAACACUGCUUGCAUUUUUAGAAUUAGUAAUAUCUUUCGCUGCUUUAAUCGCAAAAAAAAUAACAGACAGCCAAGGUGAGCAAGUUUUUAAAAGAAACCAAAAAUUAUCAACUGAAUGGAGCUUACUUAAUAACUUAAAUUGGUCUCAGGCUGGAAACGACUUCAGUAUUAUAGUUUAUGGUGGAUACACUUUUAUAGCUGGGGUUUUUUUGUUGUCAAGAAUGAAAGCAAAUAAAUUUGAAAUGUGUGAGAAAACAUUGCUGUACUGUGGCACAAUAUUUUUCGUGACUCAAGCUUGUUUAGUGUUUGGAACUUUGGAGUACAUACCAGAUGAUAUUCAAAUAAAUGCGCUAGUUCUGGGAACAUUAUCAGUUAUCGGAUCCUUAUUAUUCUUUAUUGACAUUUGCUACAACUCUUCUUUAAAAUAUGUUGUAUCAAGGGCGGUACAAACUGAGACAUACUGUUCGCUUUCAAAUCAGUUGUCAAGUAUUCAACAAAAGCCACCAUCAUCUUCCCAUGCAUUAGGUCGAGAAAGCGUUCAAAAAGACUUUUCUGGAAACGAAUUAUAUAUUAAACCACUGUCAAUAAAUUUAAAAAAAUGUCAAACAAAUAACGGCAUACAAAUUAAAAAUUUAAAACGUGUUUUGCAAACUGAUGUAUAAUGAACAUUUUAAAAAUUUGUUUUUAUUUUCAUAAAAUGUUAUGAAGUCAUACUAUUUCCAAAU